AUGAUGCAAAUUCCUUCACACGCCGUUGAUGCUUUUCCGACAACCAAUUCCGGCGAAGUUCCGGCCUUUUGCCGGAGCUUGAGCUUCAGUAGCCUCAUCCCAUGCUUGUCGGAAAAUUGGGGAGACUUGCCGUUAAAGGUGGAUGAUUCAGAGGAUAUGGUGAUUUACGGCAUUUUGCGUGAUGCUUAUAGUGUUGGAUGGACUCCGUUUAAUUUUUCCGGCAAAGAGAUUAAAGCCGAGUCGAAUGAAUUAGAGACGGAGCCAGCAACCCGCACACCUCCGUUAUCGGUGGCGCCGGCGAAGGUAGAAGAAGCGGUUUCAACAUCCCUAGCGGCGUCGCCGAAGGGAAAGCACUACCGGGGUGUGAGGCAGCGACCUUGGGGGAAGUUUGCGGCUGAGAUAAGAGACCCGGCUAAAAGCGGCGCGAGGGUGUGGCUUGGGACGUACGAGACGGCUGAGGAAGCCGCAACGGCGUACGAUAUAGCUGCAUACAGGAUGCGUGGCUCCAAGGCUUUGUUGAACUUCCCACAUAGAAUCGGGUUGAAUGAGCCGGAGCCAGUCAGGGUUACAUCCAAAAGGAGAUCUCCUGAGCCGUCAUCUUCAUUUUCAUCGGCUUCUGUAAAUGGCUCACCUAAGAGAAGAAACACAAAAGGGUCAACAGCUGAACAAGUGGAGCUGGAAGUCCAAAGCCGAUCAUCAAAUGUGAUUGAAGCCGUUUCUGGUUAGGUAGAUAUUGAAGCCAGCCGAUUGUUAGACUAUACUUUGGCCAAUUUGCGAAUUGUGUGGAUCCCAUACGUAAAGUAGAAGAUACGCACGGGUCGGACCUUGUAUUCGGAUUGGAUUUGCGAGAAUGUGACAUGAAAUACCCAAAAGGCCCUCUUCCCACUGAGGUUUAUGUAAAAAGAUGUGAGGUCAUAAAUGAAAAUUUGCUACAUUGCAACAGUUUUCU